CAAAAAAAAAAGAGUCUGCUGCUUUUACGAAAGAUUCUGUUGCCUUCGUUGGAAAUUCUAAUAGCUCUGUUGCCUUUGCUGAAGGUUCUAUAUCCUUUGCAAAGGAUUCUAAUGCUACAUUUGCUGAAGGUUCGGUUGCUUUUGAGGAUGAUUCUGAUACCAGAGGUUCUGUUAUUCUUGUCAGAGAAUCUGAUACUUCUAGAAAAGAAAUUGAAAAUGAAGUACAAAUUAAUGUUGGUGAUACUUUUUCUUCAUGGGAUGAGGUAGACAUAAAGCUCAAUCUAUAUGCAAAAACAGCAGGAUUUUCUAUACGUCAGAAGUCUUUAUUAUACUGUGCUAAAAUUGUUUUGAAAGAAGCAAUCGAUAUUACAAAGUACAACUAUAGUGAUGGAUUCCUCAAAGAUCAAUUAGAUAGGCCGCAAACAUCCAUUUUUUUCCUAUUGGAAAGAAUCCAGUUAUCUGAUAUCAUAGAAAUUUGGGAACUUACCGGUCUUACCAAAUCAUAUAAGCAUUAUGUUAUUUUACUGAUAGAUAGUGGUCAUUUAUGUACAUGUUUGGCUAUAAUUAAUCGCGGACUUGUAUGUUCGCAUUUUUUCUAUGUGAUGAUGAAUUCUAAGGUCGUAAAAUUUAACACACAUCUUAUUGCAAAACGAUGGUAUCUAAAAGAUAUUCAAGAUAGAGAUGAUCAAAAUAAUUUGCAAUAUGAAUGUAUGGAAAUAGAAAUACAAUUCCAACAAGAUAGUAAUGGUAAUCACGAAUUAUUAGUAGCCGAUUUACAUAUUCUUAAUCAGCUUAGAACACCAGAUAUAUUCACAGCUGAUGUUAAACAAUGCGUACAAAGAAAAGAAAAAUAUGCAUAUAGAUUUGGAAAGAUAAAAAAAGCUCUUAAUUUGGUGCUGGAUUUAGGUUGUGAAACUGAAUUUAUUGAUAUGGUUAAUGGAUUCAUCAAUCGUAAGAAAAAUGAUAUUGAUGAUAUGAAUGAUGAAAAUAAAGAAAAUUUGAACGUCACUAAAAUUAGUGCUCUUAAUCCACCUGAUCCUAAUUUACAAUCUUCAUCAAGAAUCGCUUUACACACCUAUGAUGUUAGCAAUCAUGGACAAGAUAAUGAUCAUAUGGCACUUGAUGAUAUAGGCGAAAAUACAAGCAAAUGA